AUGCCGACACAAAAGGACCGAAACUCAUCAUCAUUAUCAUUCUUUCUAGUGAUCAAGCUUCUCAAUCCACUGCUCCAUCAUUUCCUCAAUCUACUUUUCUAUUUUUUCCUCCUCUGCUUGGGUGUGGUAGUUGGAAUCAUUGUACAUUCUUCUCUAGAAGCAUCAUUUUUACCUUAUUAUCCAACCGUUCAAAGUGUCUCCCAACUCGUCCUCGUUACAUCUCAUCCUCCACCUACUUCUCCUUUGUCUCAGAACAACGAGCUCGAAAUGUUUCUUAGGCCACCGAAGAACAUCAUGCACGAUAUGGAAGACAACGAGCUUUUUUGGAGAGCUUCAAUGGAUCCCAAGAUCAGGAGUUACCCUUUCUCUCGAACCCCGAAGGUUGCUUUCAUGUUCUUGACAAAGGGACCUUUACCUCUAGCUCCUUUAUGGGAAAGGUUCUUUCGAGGGUACGAAGGUCUUUUUACUAUUUACAUUCACACCAAUCCGUCUUACAACCAGUCCAUGCCCCAAGGUUCUGUGUUUCACGGCCGCCGCAUUCCAAGCAAGAGAGUGGACUGGGCAGACGCAAACAUGGUAGAGGCAGAACGUAGGUUACUAGCAAACGCAUUAUUAGACAUCAAAAACGAGCGUUUCCUUCUCCUCUCCGAAUCAUGCAUCCCUCUCUUCAACUUCACCACUAUCUACUCGUACCUCAUCAACUCCACUCAAACCCACGUAGACUCUUACGACCUCCCCUUCGGCCGCGUCCGCUACAACCGCCGCAUGUAUCCACACGUCCACAUGCACCACUGGCGUAAAGGCUCUCAGUGGUUCGAGCUAGACCGACCCAUGGCCCUGAAGACCGUCUCCGACACAUUCUACUGGCCCAUCUUCAAGGCAUACUCUCGCUGUCCCGACGAGCACUACUUCCCGACGCUACUCAGCUUGACGCCGAGCCUCGGGUCGCGUAACUCGAACAGGACGCUGACGUGGACUGACUGGGGGAAGCAUAGGGCCCAUCCGAGAUCGUUUGGUGGGUCGGAGGUGAAUGUGGAGUUCUUGAAGUGGCUUAAGGGUGACAAAGAGUAUUGUGAACACAAUGGGGUUGAUAAGACGAGGCCUUGCUUUCUCUUUGCCCGCAAGUUUUCGUCUAAUGCGUUGGAUAAUCUGCUCCGGUUUGCAUCCACCGUUAUGCAUUUCUGA